CCGGUAUUCCAGGCAGUUGGAUACAGGCACUAGACUUUAAAACAGCUGACACCAAUUUCUCAGACUUUCUUGACAUCGGAGAACUGAAGUGACAGCGGAGAACUGAUCAGUGACAGCUAUCUGUGAAACUGUUGAUCUAUCCGAAACAGUGAAGGUUGGAUGAGAAUGAUGUUUGCAAGUUCCAUAUAGUGAUUUCAGAAUAAGGACUGGUGGAUUAAUCUCCAGGAUGGUUCCUCCUCUCAUUCUUGUCCAACUCGUCCUUCUGCUGCCGGGAAUCGUCCUUCCGAUGUCGGACGAUUCUUUCAUUCACUUCCCACUCUCCAGCCCCGAAGAUUGUGUUGACUGGGUUCCAGCAAGGGAAGGGGAGGUGCCUGCAGCUGCUUUUAUUGCGGAUUUUACUGAGAAGGAUGGUGGUCACCAAGGAGUUUAUAUUGGAAGAGCUGAGCAUGAGGGUGGGAAGUUCCCUGGAACCUUUUUACCUGCCCUGGAGAAGGCUUUCAUAGCCUGGGGGGGAAAGGUGCACCACAAGGAUCAUUAUGAGGUUUUGGUAGAAAAGUCCAACCUACUGCAGUGCCGGUUAGUCUGGAUAAACUCUAGGGACGGUCAACUUGAUGACAGAGCUGUUAUUGGUGGAUACACGGAGAAUGGAGAGGAUAUAUAUAUAUAUCUGUAA